AUGGCGGCAACCAAAGUAGAAUCCUACAAGUUCAAUCACUCGAUGAUUCGGGUGAAGGACCCGAAAGAAUCAGUCAAGUUUUAUGAAUUCCUCGGCAUGAAGAUGAUCCAAAAGAUCGAACAACCUGAAGCCAAAUUCGACCUCUACUUCCUGGGCUAUGACUCUCCCAAAGCAGUUUCACACGGAAAUCACUUCAGCGACCGCGAAGGCCUGAUCGAAUUAACACACAACUACGGCACCGAGAACGAUCCUGACUACAAAGUAUCUACUGGUAACAACGAACCACAUAAGGGUUUUGGACAUACCUGUAUCAGCGUUGAUAACAUUCAAGCUGCUUGCCAACGGAUUGAGGAUGCCGGUUACAGAUUCCAGAAGAAGCUGACGGAUGGUCGCAUGCGACACAUUGCUUUUGCUCUGGACCCAGAUGGAUAUUGGGUUGAGAUUAUUGGCCAAAAUCCAGUUGAUAAGACGGAGGGUAUCAAGACCACAGAUGUGGCAACUUACAGAAUGAACCACACCAUGAUCCGUGUCAAGGACCACGAGAAGUCUUUGAAGUUCUACCAGGACGUAUUCGGCAUGACUCUCCUCCGUACAAGCGAGAACAAAGAUGCCAAAUUCAACCUCUAUUUCCUUGGCUACCCCGGUGAUAAAGGCGUAUCUCAAGCUUCUGCCAAUGGGGUCAACCCAACUGCUGAUCGCGAAGGUCUUCUCGAAUUGACCUGGAACUAUGGCACCGAGAGCGAUGAGAGCUUCAAAUACCACAACGGCAACGACCAACCUCAAGGAUUUGGCCAUAUCUGUGUUUCCGUCGACGACCUCGAUGCAGCUUGCAAGCGCUUCGAGGACUUAGGCGUAAACUGGAAGAAAAGACUUACAGACGGCCGCAUGAAGAAUGUUGCCUUCGUGCUGGAUCCUGAUAAUUACUGGAUUGAGGUUAUCCAGAAUGAGAAGUUGAAGUCGAGAGCUAACUGGUAG